AUGUGCUUUACUCAGACUCAGCACACAGAGAAGCAGAUCAAGGAGGAGUUUGAGAAGCUUCAUCAGUUUCUACGAGAUGAAGAGGCAGCCAGGAUAGCUGCACUGAGGGAGGAAGAGGAGCAGAAGAGUGAGAUGAUGAAGGAGAAGAUUGAGAAGAUGAGCAGAGAGAUCUCAUCUCUUUCAGACACAAUCAGAACCAUAGAAGAGCAGAUGGGAGCUGAUGAUGUCACAUUCCUGCAGAGCUACAAGAGCACAGUGGAAAGAGCCCAGUGCACACUGCAGGAUCCAGAGAGGGUUUCAGGAGCUCUGAUCAAUGUGGCAAAGCACCUGGGCAACCUGAAGUUCAGAGUCUGGGAGAAGAUGCAGGAGACUGUUCAGUACACUCCUGUGACUCUGGAUCCCAACACUGCACACCCACAACUCUUCCUGUCUGAGGAUCUGACCAGUGUGAGAUGUGGUGUGUCCUGGGCUCUGAGGGCUUAA